CUCUGGGAGGGGAAGCAGAACAAAUUGUAAGCUGCUGGAGGAUCCAUCUUGCUCGAAAAAGAAACGAGGGUGAAGCAUUUUCCAGUUUAGCAUCUCAGAAACUGUAUCGGUCCCCCCGUUGAGCGCGCUGGGGAGCCCGAGGAAGGGCUGUGUCGCUGCUUGUAGGAUGUCCCGACAUGAGGGUGUGAGCUGUGAUGCAUGUUUAAAAGGGAACUUUAGAGGACGACGGUUCAAGUGUUUAAUCUGCUACGACUACGACCUGUGCGCAUCGUGCUACGAGAGCGGAGCCACAACAACGAGACACACCACAGAGCACCCCAUGCAGUGUAUAUUAACCAGGGUAGACUAUGACUUGUAUUAUGGAGGAGACACUUUUUCAGUAGAGCAACCCCAGUCAUUCACAUGUCCCUACUGUGGCAAGAUGGGCUUCACAGAGACGUCCCUACAGGAGCAUGUCACCUCAGAGCAUGCAGAGACUUCCACAGAGGUGAUCUGUCCAAUAUGUGCUGCCUUGCCAGGAGGGGACCCCAACCACGUCACAGAUGACUUCACAGCUCACCUCACACUCGAACACAGAGCACCAAGAGAUUUAGAUGAGUCCAGCAGUGUUCGACAUGUACGCAGGAUGUUCCACCCUGGACGAGGACUGGGCGGUCCCAGAGCACGACGCACAAAUAUGCACUUUACUAGCGGCUCCACAGGAGGACUUUCAUCCUCCUCAUCACAGAGCUCCACUUACACCCCCAGUAACAGAGAAGCAAUGGACCCAAUUGCAGAGUUGUUGUCUCAGCUGUCAGGUGUGCGGCGUGCGGCAGGGGGGCAAAUAAACUCGUCAGGUCCUUCAGCCUCCCAGCUCCAGCAGCUCCAGAUGCAACUGCAGUUAGAGCGGCAGCAGGCUCAGGCAGCACGACAGCAAGUGGAGACGGGACGCCACGCGACACGGCGCAGCAACAACCCGGGCAACACUGGCACCACCAUCCCUCCACCCAGCACAGCAACUGCCAACACUGCCACUGUGGGUGAAAGCAAUCCCUCGUCCUCGUCCCACAGCUCCCAGUUCCUAUUAGCACGGUUGAAUGAACCUAAGAUGUCCGAAGCAGAGCGGCAGUUUCUAGAAGGAGAGCGUGCAGACCGCAGCCUGUUCGUCCAGGAGCUGCUGUUGUCCACGCUGAUGCACGAGGAGAGCUCCUCUUCUGACGAGGACGAGCGCCGAGACUUCGCCGACUUCGGUGCCAUGGGCUGUGUGGAUAUCAUGCCUUUAGAUGUGGCGUUGGAAAACCUCCAGCUUAGAGAGAGCAGCUCCACAGGGAAGGAGCCUCCGCCGCCUCCUCUUUGAUGUCCGAGCAUCAAGCAGACUGUGUCCUCUCUGCUGCAACUGUCAGUGAUGGGCAGCAAACAGCAGCAGUCCUCCCUGGCCUCACCCUCCUUUCUCCCUCUAUUUUCUGAGUUUGUUUUUUGGUGAUUGUAAUUUCGGGCCUGUCACCAUUUUUGUUACAUUGUAAACAAAAAUAAAUGAGAGCAAGUGGGAUAAAUGUACGAGUGCGCAAUAGCAAUUGAGUGAGCGAGCGAGAGAAGAGAAAUAUAUAAAUAUAUAUAUAAAAUAUAUAUGAAGUUGAUAAUCAAUCCACAUAACUUUUCUUUUCUUUAUCAGGUAAAUGUUACAGGCAGCUGUGGCAGACCUUUGCUUCCUGUGACAUGCAAACGGCUCUUCGUAUAAAUACUCCACAUUCAAAAGUCAAGAGAGCAUAGGCUCCUCUGAUGAAGCUGCUGUGUGUGUUUAUGACUAUUAAUAAAUAAAAAGUGCUUGGAUGGGUUACCAUAACUACUGCAUGCAGUUAUUUGCAGCGUGCAUGACUUUUAAUGACCUAGUCAUUGAAACUUUUUUGUUUUAAAUAUCCCAAAGCUUUCAACUGUUUUUAAAUGGUUAUUUCAAACAAGGUUAAGUAUUGAAAAUUGAGUAGUUUACAAAACUGACAUGCAAAAAUUGACUCUAACAAUAUAUGUUGUUGGGUUUUCUUUGAGUGAGUAUAUAUAAUGAAGAGAAAACCUUUGGGUUCUACAGUAGCUUCUGAAGAAAUGCUGCAAUGUGUGUGUCUCUCAGCUCCAGAUUGCCUUUUCUCUGUGACGACUGUCUGAAUAUAUCGGUGGCUGCAGAGCGACGACUACAUGCAUCAGAUGAAAACAGACCUUGCCUCUGAAAUUUUCCUAGAUGUUAAUAUUUAGUGAUAAGCUGUUUAGGCACAGUAUACUUUAUAAUUUAUAGAUAAGUACAGAUGCCCAACUCUAUCCAUCUUUCCCUCACACAGUUUACUGGCACUCACUCUGCUCAUGCACAGUGUCAGACCACAUGCUCUCAAUGGUUUGUAUGAAUUUCUUUGUUGGGUAAUAGGAGCUCGAGACUUUCCACACUGCAGUUUUUUUUAAAGAGAAAUCAUUCGUAUUUUUUCUGCUAGGGUUAGCACUUUCUAUUUAUUCAUGUUUGUUUUCUGACUCUUGAGCCUUGAUAUGAAUCAUGCCACCUUCAUGCCUAUACUUUUACCCUCUAUGUAAAAUACAAUGAGAUGUAUAUUGAAUUUGUGCGUUAACUUUCAUAAUGGUUCUAAGACAUGGGCAGACUUUUUUUUUUAAAUGUAAAUUUAGAAUACAAUAAAUAUAAACUGUGCACAGCUUUUGAUGAAACCAAGA